CCGGGAACAAACAGGUACCAAACUUUUUUGUGAAUGGCCGUCAUGUCUCUGUCGGUGCAGUUUGGUGCUCUGAGAACCAGGGAGCUGCGAAACCUGCUGCAAGAUGAAGACAAAAUAAAUCAUAUCAUCAGGUGUAGUGAGAAGUUCCAGGGGCUGCAGAGGGCUGCAGAGAAGAGGCUGCUUUCAAAUCAAAAAAUGGCAAAAGUCAGUCUUUCUCAAAAAACUCAAUUUAGAGACGCUAAGUUGCUACUUGCAAUGAAGUACAAGGAACUGGAAAAACUUAGAAGCAUCAUCCAGGCCAAACAAGAACAACUUGUAGGAAAGCACAGUGUCCAUUAUUAUCAGCAGUGCCUCCUGAAGAAGAUAAAUCGUGCAGAGGAGGAGUGUGAGUGGGAUAUUUCUCCCAACAGCUGCUGUUUCAGAGGUUUGCGGAGGGGAAAACACCGGUGGCAGAUUUCUUGGAUUCCUUUCUCUCCCUGCAAAAACUCCAACACAUCAGGUUAGUCCUGGUGAAGAAACUCCAGGAAAUUACAGAACUCAGAUCAACACAAAGGAUCAGUGAGAUAAACCCCGAAACUCAGCAUUUCUUAGCAGGUUUUCCUGAGCAGAUCCGUAACACAUGCCUCCCAGUCUGCGGCCUAACCACAGCUGUCAUCUUACCUACCUGCUGCCACCCUACGUUCCUGCUGCCCUUUGGCACCCAUGCAAACACUGUCCAUUGUCUACAGCAUUUGCCAUUUCGUCAUGAUUACAAUGAGUCCCUGCUUGCAAGAGUGCAUGGACGAAGCCCCAAAUGGCCAGGAAGACCCGUCCGUCUUCAGCCACUGAAGGUGCAACACAGCAGGCAUCAACAAGCACCACAAUGAAGUCUACUCCAGUCUCAGAUACAUGUUUUUUCAUUUAAUGAAGGUUAACCCAGUGGGGGGGGGGGUUCCACUGCUUUAAAUAUUGAAAACUACACAGUAACAAAAAUUUGCAUUAAAUGCUUCUGCUGAUGCUGAUCUAAGUUGCCACUUUACUGUUUUAUUUAGGCAAAGUUCUUGGACGGCUGUUUGUGUUAAGACAACAUUAAUAAACACUGAUGGAGAGAGA